AUGGAAGAGUCGCCGACAGCAGAAAGGAACUUUUACAAUCAAGAGACGAAAUUAGCUUCGGAGCUUUUUUCAACAUCUUUGUCGGGGAAAGGAACGUUUAACGAAUUAUCUGCGACUUUAGGUACAGUGACUUAUCGUUUUAGUAACAUACGCAAGAAAACGUUUGUUGUGUUUUGAAACUCCGAACGGAGUGUUGAAAAACAAAACGGCAUGCAGAGAUUUUGUCUUGCCAAGUUGUAGCAUCCUUUGAGGUUAUUUACAGUAAAACUCCAGAAUUGUUAGAUUUUGGAUCCUUUGAGGUGUUUCACUGAAGAGUCACCAUAGUAAACGAAUCUAAAUUAACAUUUGAAGAGAAAUUCGAGACGGAAUUGAGUUAGUUUAUGGAUUAGUAUUGCCGUGGUACCAGCACAACGACAUGGUACUGAUGCCAGUUACGAUUAGCUGCUAAUACUUUAAAUUUAACCAGAUGUUUUAAUUUGCGCAUUUCCUCACAUAGGUUUGUUUUAGAACUUUAGGAAAUUUAAUUUAUGGAUGCAGACAAGAUUUCUGCAAAAAUAUUGUCAAGUUUAGGUACAACGGCUGUUGGGAAAUGUGCUUUAAUGUUUUUGACUAACUUAGGAUUAUUAAAUACUAACUGGCUUACGAACAAUCGACCGACCCCGGAAUGAUAACAAAUAUUAAUUCUUCGUUUUCAAUAUCUUCUGCUUGUCAUUUUUUGGGACCAACCUCUCGCGAAAUAUUUCCAGGUGCAAAGUCAACAGUAGACGAAAAGAAACCUUUUCUGCAGGAACAUUCGGCGCUUAGUAAACGCAGUGACGACUUCGUUGGACAAUCUACUCCGAUGGAUCGCAGCUUUGAAAACAACGAAGACGGCGAACCUGAUUUUGAUGUUUCCAGGGUUGAAGUUGCAGAGGAAUUACAGAAGCAACAAAAUGAACGUCUCGAGAGAUUGUGGAAACACCAAAGCGAACAGAAUCAGAAAAUAUUUGAAAAAUUGGAUGCGUCCAUGACACGUGAGAAUAGGUAAAAUACUUAAAGUUCAACUGAUCAAUUGGCCUUUUCCCAAAAGAGAUCAGAGUCGUGUCGAAUGCAAUUCAAACAAUAGAUAAUGAAGCUUAAUGAGGUUUAUCAUCUCAUUAUCUAUUGUCUUAAUUGCAUUCGACGCGACCAAAAUUCGACGUAUAAGGCCCGUUUCAUACGCCGUACUUCACAUGUGCCGAAUACAUUAAAGACAAUAGGUAAUGAGCUGAAAUGCCUCAUUACCUAUUGUUUUUAAUGUAUUCGGCACAUGUGAAGUACGGCGUAUGAAACGGGCCUAAAACAAGCCUAAAACUGUCAAAAUUUCUGUGAUCACAGUAGGAAUUCUGCAUAGAUAAAUUCUUUAAGUUUUUAAGGAUUUGUAAGAAAUGUCUGAUGAAACUGACUCCGUGUUUAAAGUGCGACUAACCACUAAUAUGAUUUUUGGUAUGUUUAAUAUUUGGGUAAUUCGAAGAAGAAAUGUAAUAUAUCUUUAUAAUAAAAAAUCCCAUCUUGAUCAACUUUUUCACUCUCAAAGUUUCCAGAUAUGAUGUCAUUAGGUGAAUUGCAAAUUAGUUUUCCUUUGUUUUUUGUGGAACUUUGACAGUGAAAAAGUUGAUCAAGAUGAAGUUUUUUUACUAUAAAGAUACAUUACAUUUCUUCUCAGAAUGACUCAAAUAUUACACAUGCCAAAAAUUAUAUUUGGGGUUAGUCUUAACAUGCAAAAUUUACCUAUAUGCAAAAUUCCUACUGUGAAAACCAGCCUUUGUAAUAUAUGGUUUCUCGCUUUGUAGGAACGCUUGCUUACGUGAACAGCAUGCAAGACAAGUGGAGGAUUUGCGACGUUACUAUGAAAACGAAAUAACUGGUCUGAAGAAACAACUUGCAGACAUGAAAAAUAUCAUUUUUCAACACAACCAACAAGAAAGCUCGGUGAAAGGAGAGAUUCAAAAAGAAUUUGAAAAUCUUUCGCAAGCAAACCUGGAGCUCAGCAGUAAAUGUGAUACUUUGGAAAAUGCCAAACAACUCAUGCAAAAUCAGUUGACGCAGACAAAUAUUCGCAGGCAGGAAUUGGAAAGUCAAUGUCAGCAGUUAGUCGCAACCAAUCAAAUCAUUGAUACGAGGUCGAAAGAGUUGAAGAAAAGAAAAGUGGAGACGGCUGCCAAGGUGAAAGAAAUUGAUCGACAACGAGAGCAGCUUCAAGCUCAAUGUGAUCUAGUCGGUAAAGAAAAAUGUAAGUUUAAAACUUUGUUUAAAGACGCUAGCCUCACCAACAGAAGGGGGCUAGCUUUUAAUGGGGGGGGGGGGGCUCCUGGCUAUAUAUAUAUAUAAAGAACGUUGACACUAUGCAAAACACGUAACUGCAAAUAAGAAACAAACUCUCGAAAUUGUUUUCAAAAUCCUUACUGUGUAAAUAGUGUUGGAGGUAUUACUAUAGUAUUGUAUUAUUGUGAUUCUUUGUAGUGAUUCUGAAGAGAUCGAAAGACGAAUUAGAAAGAAAAUACAAUCAACUUCAAGAUGACUAUCAAAAACUCUCAGACAAAUGUCAUAAAUUGAAAGAAGAAAGUAAGAUCUGUCGAGAUCGAACUAAGGUGCAAGAAACUCUUGUUGAGAAAACAAACAAGUAAGCUUUGAAGAAAUAUACAUUCUUGUAAAGUUGCUGUCGUGGUUUUGUGUCAGGACUGAUUUGAAAAGAUUGGAAACACUUUGCCAGCCACGUUUUUAUGCCUACCUUUGGCAUAAAUAGAUAUGGUUCAAUUUUUCUUCAAACUUUUUGUUGUAGAAACAUACGUGAGUUGGAGCUUGUAAUUGAAACAUUAAAAAGAGAAUUAGUAAGUUCCUACCGAAGUUAUCUUUGAACUUGGUUUGUUUAGUUGUCUGCCUAUAAAAAAGCUUUGUCUUCACUUUUUGGAUUUGAGUUCUCACUCCACAUGGAGUACACUGAUCCUAAUAAGGGAGUUGUAGUCAUACUGCAUGGUAUUAAAGUCUAAAGCUCUUUAUUAAGCAACUGACCAGAGACUACUGGUCAUCUUAUAUCAGGAGGAAUGAAGCUACUGUAAAUUGACUGACCAUCCUGCAGUUUGAAUUCAUAGCUUACAUAAUCUUUUCAUAGCUUAUAUAAUCUUUUUUUGUUUUGUUUUUUAGGAAGAUAAGAAAGUGAAGUAUGAAGUGGACAGAAGUAUGUUCAAUGCAACACAACAAAGAGUAGAUCGUCUGGUUGUACAAAACCGAGAUAAAGAUUUAACCAUUGAAGAUUUGGAGAAGAAAGUCAAGGCACUGCAACAAACUGUUAAAGAUGUUACUGCCAGUUCUGCCAAGGCUGGCUUGGUAUGUAGAAUAUAACACAUAUAGGAAAAAUGAUUAAUUAAAACUCCCACCUUCAUUUUCUCUGGUAAAUUUUUUGCAGAAUGAAAUAAGAGAAAGUAUUCAAAGAGAUAAAGAGCUGUUAAAAAGGGUAGGAUCUAUAUAUACUUUAGAAAGAUCUGUGUUGAACUGGAUCAUCUCGAGUUCAUUUCCUGAUUUCUAUUGAAUAUUUCUUUCUACACCAUAGAUACUCUACGAAUACGAUUCUCUAAGCGAGAAACAUGAAAAGGCAAAGGUAAACUUUUUCAUGGCCCUUUGUACAAAGAAUUGAAUAUUUUAUCCCAUUAAGUCGCAUUGCGCCCUAUUUUUUAUAUUUUACUCUGUCUAACGCCAGACCAUUUUACUCUUCAAGGGGAGAGCGUGCGCAAGAUCAAUGGGUUAAUAUAUCAGAUUAUCAGCACCCAUUAAGUUGCAAAAUGCGCCCUACUUUAUUAUUUUACUCUUACUCAAUAACGCCAGAUUAUUUUAUUGUGUCUAAUCCAGAUUAUUUUACUCUUUAAGGGUGAGUGCUGGCGCUCAAUACGUUAAUCAGACUAUCUGCCCACCUGCAUCAGCAUUACAUUGCACCAUAAUGCACCCUAAUUUAUUGUUUUACUCUGUCUAACGUCAGAUUAUUUUAGUAUUCUGUCUAAUCCAGAUUAUUUUGGCGCUUAUGGAUUAGUCAGAGAUGUCCAUGUGUUAGCAUUGCAUUGCGCCAUAAUUUAUUGUUUUACUCUGUCUAACGGCAGACGAUUUUAUUAGCGUCAAGGGGAACGCACUGUGCUCAUGAACAGGUUGCCAUAAUUAUGUAUAAAUAAAUUUUCCGUUUUCAAGGGGCAUGUGCAACGUUUAGAGGGAAAAUUGGCCGAACGUGAAGGAGAAGGCCAGAAUUUGCUAAA